AACUUCUGCUUCUUAGAGACACAGUCACAGCUUCAAGGUCCCGGCUACCAUGUCAGUCUUCCUCGCCGUCGCGUUCCUGUCUUUGCACGUGGCAAAAACUGGUGGAGGGGCCAUCAAACCUGUGGUGACCUUCACACCCAACUGGGGGAAUAUAUUAUUAUAUGACGAUGUGACUCUAACAUGUGAUGUGCCGUCUACUGAGGAGCCCCGGACCUAUCGCUGGUACAGAGAUAACCAACCAAUACCAGGAGAUCAACAGAGUCUUCAUAUCAUUGGAUCUUCAGUGAUUCGGGACAGAGGAGAUUACCAGUGUCAGACCAUCGGUGGUGAUAUCAGUGAUCCCGUCUUCCUAAAUGUUACAAUAAAUUAUGUCAUCCUGCAGAGACCCCCAUCUGCCAUCUAUGAAGGAGACCCCCUGACUCUGAGAUGUCAUCAUGCAAAAGAUUUUAAUGCAAUAAACACAAAAUUCUACAAGGAUGAUCAGGAGAUAAAAUCAUCAGAAUCUGACUCCACAUUCCAUAUUCCUAAUAUAAGGAGGAGUCAGUCUGGACUCUACAAAUGUACUAAACAAAUACAACGUUAUGAUCGUUCUGAAGGACAAACGCACUCAGAUGUCUCCUUUAUCUCUGUAAAAGAACUCUUCUCUCCUCCAAAAAUUAUAAUUCUGUACAAUAAAUCGGGAAGAGAUUCCACGGCGGUGAGAUGUGACACCAAACUGGAUCCACUCAGAGGCGGCACAGAGCUGCACUUUGCCUUCUACAGAGAUGGACGGACUGUGCGGGAAUUCGGUAUAUCCAAUACAUACAGAGUGGAGGAUUCUGGGAAUUAUACCUGUGAAGUGAGGACGGCGUCUGACAUUGUGAGGAAGAUGAGUGAUGAGAUCUAUAUCCAGAUAACACAGAUACAUGGAGGGGCCAUCAAACCUGUGGUGACCUUCACACCCAACUGGGGGAAUAUAUUAUACGAUGACGAUGUGACUCUAACAUGUGAUGUGCCGUCUACUGAGGAGCCCCGGACCUAUCAGUGGUACAGAGAUAAGAGACCAAUAUCAGGAGAUCACCAGAGUCUUCAUAUCAUUGGAUCUUCAGUGAUUCGGGACAGAGGAGAUUACCAGUGUCAGACCAUCGGUGGUGAUAUCAGUGAUCCCGUCUUCCUAAAUGUUAUAUAUGAUUAUGUCAUCCUGCAGAGACCCCCAUCUGCCAUCUAUGAAGGAGACCCCCUGACUCUGAGAUGUCAUCAUGUAAAAGGUUAUAAUUCAAUAAACACAACAUUCUACAAGGAUGAUCAGGAGAUAAAAUCCUCAGAAUCUGACUCCACAUUCCAUAUUCCUAAUAUAAGGAGGAGUCAGUCUGGACUCUACAAAUGUACUAAACGAAUACAACGUUAUGAUCAUUCUGAAGGACAAACGCACUCAGAUGUCUCCUUUAUCUCUGUAAAAGAACUCUUCUCUCCUCCAAAAAUUAUAAUUCUGUACAAUAAAUCGGGAAGAGAUUCCACGACGGUGAGAUGUGACACCAAACUAGAUCCGCUCAGAGGCGGCACAAAGCUGCACUUUGCCUUCUACAGAGAUGGAUGGAAUGUGCGGGAAUUCGGUAUAUCCGAUACAUACAGAGUGGAGGAUUCUGGGAAUUAUACCUGUGAAGUGAGGACGGCGUCUGACAUUGUGAGGAAGAUGAGUGAUGAGAUCUAUAUCCAGAUAACACAGAUACACGGUGAGAUUUGGAUAAGCCUCUGAUCUGUACAUGUUCUGUCUCUAAUAUCACUUUAUACAAAAGACAUUCCUCCUGAGACCCUGUCUGUAUGGAUAGUUUAGCAACUUGCUGACUUUGGAAGAUCCACAGGCAACACACCAAAAUCACUUCAUUUUCCUCUUAUUUUCCAUUUAUAAAUAUUCUUUCAUUCCU